AUGGAUUUCGCCGAUUCGACCACGCGAUAUGCUGCCUGCGUCUCCAUAGUCGCACUGCUCGCCGCGUUUCUCCUCGUACAGCCCACAGGUCUCGUGAAAUGGCUGCAGAAGAAGAAUUACCAAUACGAGGUGACAUUCUCGCUAUACAUGCUGACGCCCACGGAAAAGUUUGUCUUCAACUCCAUCCUCUUCUUGACCGUCUCUAUGCUCCUGAUAGCUAGUUUCCUCUACCUCCCGGACCACAUCAUGACCAUGUCUCGACGGACAUACUACUACUUCGCUGGCGAUGCCGGCCAUUCCAAUUCGAGACAAGCCGCCGAGACCCUCUACGAGACCGCGACGAAGGCUGGAGAUGCAGUGCUGGGCGCUGCUUCCGAGUGGGCACAAACAGCAUACGAGGCUGCCGCGAAUAAGACGGCAGCGAACGUCCCGGCAGCAGCGAGUGAGGUCGCGGAGGCUGUAGGAGUAUAGAAUAUGGAUCAUUAACGGGGAACAUAUCAUGACAUGGGCAUAGCACGGCGUUAGGGUCAAAAGAGGCAGGAUGGGAAAGCAUUGGUGGAGCAACAGGGUCGCUCGUAAUAGUAGUUGGCGAGAGAGGAGCGUGGACAUCUUUGCCAACGAACGGCACGACAAAGAUGCGGGAAUGCUAUCUGACACAGCGCAUCUCGUGCAAUUGUCGAGACGACAGGCUGCACCUCCGGUCGGGCUUUUGAGUCGCAAUUCGGCGGGUUGCCAUCCAUGAGAACAGACCGUCGCUAUGCAUACGAAGAGCGGCGGAGUACAGUCCAGGGAUGUCUACAACGACGCUCAAAAGGUAGCUCUGUGUCUGUCAAGGGCUUACAGGGCCAGAUUGAGAGCGAAGGCAAGGCGCUCGAUUCAACUUGGUAGCUGAACCGGAUACCGCGGACAGGAGGAGCAUCAAGUGAAGCGAUUCGC